UGUAUCUCUACAUAUUGUGCAUUCAUACUUAUACAGCGAAUAGAAAAGAGACUCCCUUAUCACUACACCAUUCACAAGAACAAAUACAACAAAACAGCAAAGCAACUUUUUAUGGAAAAGCAUGAAGCACUGCUCAGCGAUGCUCGUGAAUGGAUAAAAGAAACUGCUCAGUCAUGUUCUGCAGUUGCUGUUCUUGUUGCCACUGUUGUCUUUGCCGCGGCAUACACAGUCCCCGGAGGCACAGAUGACAAUGGCUUCCCUAGAUUUCUUCAUGAAACUAUAUUCUUGGUGUUCACAAUUAUGGAUAUUGUGGCUCUUGUAAGUUCACUGGGUUCGGUGAAUAUGUUCCUUUCAAUCCUCACAUCACCUUGUGAGAUGUGGGAUUUUCGGAAGUCUCUCCCACGGAAAUUGAAUGCAGGUUUUGCCUUGCUGUUCUUCUCCAUGGCCGCAACAAUGCUAUCAUUCAGUGCAACAGUUCUGAUCAACAUCAAGUUAGAGAAGAACAAAUGGACUUCAACUUUGACUUAUGCUGCAGCAUUCUUUCCUGUCUGUAUAUUUGCAUUGGUGCAGUUCCCUCUAUAUGUUGCCAUGAAAGGAUGUUUGAGGAGUUUGCUUAGGAACCUUAAGAAGAUCAUUCCUCGUUUCCUCCUCAACUUGGUCAAAAAGAGCAGGAGAAAGAAAUUGUGGGACAUUUGAAUUGGAAACUCUAUUUUGUGCCCCCCUCCCCUUCCUAUUUUUUCACAUUUUUUCUUCAAUCGUAAUUUCUUUUGGUUGGGUCCAUUUGUCUAUGACACUUUACUUUUUCAAGGUCGUCAACAUACAG